AUGUGUAAUGUGUCACUGAGUGAUGACAACAUCACGAUCCCACUGCCUGCUCUUCUAGUGCCUGCUGAUAUGUGUCAGUGUUGGUGGUGGUGUUCUCUGUGUGCGGGGGGCUGGGCUGCCUGCUGUCACAGCAUUUUACCCCCCCCCCCCCCCCAUAGCCUGUGGAAUUCCAGCCUGGGAUCUGUCAGUGUGUGGAUCCAUCAUCCUCCACUCACUGCAAUUGUCACCCUGCCACUGCCAGCCACAGAUGCAAUCCGUCUGUGACACUGAUUAUGUCUUUAAUAUUGGUGCUGGUGGAAUCUUAUGGCAC